UUUCACUCUUCCCAGCUAGGAAAGAGGAGGAAGAAAUGGCGCCAUCGCCGUCGCCGAUCGCCACAUUCGUCCCGGUCGCCCCCGAUUCCCACUUCUCGAUCCAUAAUCUGCCGUAUGGGGUGUUUAGCUCGCGAUCGGAUGCCACGCCGAGGCCCGGAGUCGCGAUUGGCGAGCAGGUGCUGGAUCUGAGCGCUAUCGCGGCGGCGGGAUUGUUCACGGGGCCAUUGCUGCGCGAUUCGGAUUGCUUCCACCAGACUUCCCUCAAUCGCUUUAUGGCUAUGGGACGAGCGGCCUGGAAAGAAGCACGGGGCACCGUCCAAAAGCUCUUAUCCGCGGACGAGCCAGCUCUCCGAGACAACACCGAUCUACGGAAGAAGGCAUUCUUUCCAUUGAACGAAGUGAAGAUGGAGUUGCCAGCGGUAAUUGGUGACUACACAGACUUUUUCUCCUCGAAGCAUCACGCCCUCAAUUGCGGCAAAAUAUUCCGGGGCGUGGAUGCUCUUCCGGACAACUGGCUACAUGUACCAAUUGCGUAUCACGGACGUUCUUCGUCGAUAGUGACCUCUGGCCACCCAAUCACUAGACCCUGUGGCCAGGUAGCUCCAGCAGCUGGAUCGUCCUCUCCGGCAUUUAAGCCUUCUAGUCUUCUCGACUUUGAGCUCGAAAUGGCCAUGUUUGUUGGCCCAGGAAACGAACUAGGAACGCAAAUUCCUGUGGAAUCCGCCUACGAUCACAUUUUUGGCCUGGUUUUGAUGAACGACUGGAGUGCUAGAGAUAUACAAAGGUGGGAGGCGAUACCUCUUGGCCCGUUUCUGGGGAAAAGCUUUGCAACAACAAUAUCUCCAUGGAUUGUAACUUUGGAAGCUUUGGAGCCGUUUAUCUGCAACCCACCUGCACAGGAUCCUCCACCAUUGCCAUAUCUGAAAGAGCCUCAGGGAAAAAGCUAUGACAUUGCACUCGAGGUUACCAUAAAACCGGACGGGGACCCGAAAGGAUCAACCAUCUGCCGAAGCAACUUCAAGCAUCUGUACUGGACGCUGGGGCAGCAACUUGCUCACCACACUGUCAAUGGUUGCAACCUCCGACCGGGCGAUCUCCUCGCGUCAGGAACUAUAAGUGGUCCGGAACAAGGAAGCCUCGGUUGUCUCCUGGAACAGUCGUGGGGCGGCCGCGAACAAGUGGCUCUAGAGAAUGGUGGCAGCCGAAAGUUUCUGGAAGACGGGGAUGAAGUGGUAAUAAGCGGCCAGUGCAAGGGCGAUGGAUAUCUAGUUGGUUUUGGGACGUGUAGCGGCAAGUUAGAGCCCCCAAGAUGUUCGUGUUAGAACACGACUUAAGGGCAAAGAGCAUUUAGCCUAGUUAGCGACGACAUCCAAGCGACAAGAAGAUCCAAAAGAACAAUGAGCAGGGCCAGGGUGUAUGCCAGGAAGCCACUCGUCGAGGACGAGGUCGAAGAUGAGAUUGCCAGGGUGAAGCUGGAGCUAGUGCGCAUGAAGCGAGAGGUGCUCGCUCGCCAGGAGAGAGCGGAGCGGUACAAGCGGGAGAUCAAGGAGAUGGAAGCGAGGAGGAACGGCGAGAAGGUGGAGGAGCUGCGGCGCGAGAGGGAGAAGCUCCUGGCCGAGAGAGCGGCGCUGGCGGACAGGCUCCGCGAGGCGAUGGCGACCCAAGAGGGGAAGAUCGCCGGGGUGGAGUUCGAGCAGCACCGCGAGCUGUUCACGGCAAUGUACAUGGCGGUGGACAAGACGAAGAGAGAAUACGAGCGGCUGCGCAAGAGCAAAGCUGGGAACUAGAGCCGGUUCAUUGCUACAAAAACUUCCAUCCAAGCUUCUCGUUCUUCUUGGAAGGAAGUCUGUGUGGAUCGAUCGAUCAAUAGAUAGAUACUUACUGCUA